GAAAGUGAACGGGUACUGGAAUACUUGAUGUAGGCUAUGCACAAAAGUAGCCUAGCGGCUUAUGUUAGUGUGGUAACACUAGGACUGUUUUCCUUGUGUAGCCAUUGAAGAUCAAUUUCAAGAUCAGUCUAACAAGCCGGGCUCUUUUUUUAUUGGCUGCCGACCUAAAUACGGAUGGGUCGGGUGGCCGGUAUUUCCGCAAAUUUGCAAAGCUCUGAGUUGCUCUUGAGUUGCUUCCUUGCCCCCCGACUGCGGCAGCCCCUGCUUACUUUGCUGUUCUGCCAGCUUUCACUGCCUGUCUCUGCUCGUUUCCGCCCCUCAUUUCCCCAGUUCUUUCCAGGCUUUUCCUUCCUUCGACUCUAUGAAAAUUCUCUCUUAGCAGGCUAUCCCGUGCCGAUCCGCUUCCAAGGUCCAUCGACUGCCUUAUUUAUCCCAAACGAUUUCGAAAUCGGUUUGAUACGCAAAACCUAGCCUCGCAUGGGUCUGUGAAUUAGUACCACGUGCUAUCAGAUUCAGAUUGCGUAUUCGACCAUUACAAAAGGGCAUACAUAUCGUGAUAU